CUGAGCCUAUCCUCCACACACACACACUCUCUCUCUCUCUCUCGCAUACACACACACACCUCCAGUCUCUAACUCGCUCACUCACUGGAGCCAGGAUGCACAGAGGAGAGAUCAGCCUGAACGGAUCUGAGUGAGAAAUUUCGGUAACAAGGUGACCGACCCGGAGUCAGCCAGCUGCCCGACAAGCGGCUCCACAGCAGCGGCAGGUGACAACAGACAGUGGCCGUUCACCUAGCUAGCCUCCCUCUGAGCGCUACUAAAAACAGCAACAUCUUUAAGACAAUAUGGUAGUAGUCAGCGUCUUUGGAGCGUAAAAUUACAAAUUAUAUCGUUCGCUGUGUAUUAUUACCAUAACGUACGCAAAAUGAACCUUUCUUUUACCAAACUGCGGGCUAAAAAGGCUUUAUCUUUUUGAUGCGAUUUUUGCUUUGCCACGGAUUUAAGCUAACGCUUGCUUGUGGCAAAAUUCCGACACAGUCCCAGUACCGUCCACAACUCGUUGGGCGUCUCAUUGCCAUUUCCCAGCUUGUGAUUACUGCCCGUAUCUCUCUAGUAAAAGCAUCUGAAGCAUUAUCGUGAAGAUGGCGACUGGGUCGGGUUGGCAGCAGUAUUACAGCCCUGCCGGCCAGGGGAAAUAUACCUCAUCCUCGGCAUCCAGCAUGUCCUUCCAGUCCGGCAUCUCCAUGGAAUAUACCCAGGACCUGCAUCUGAAAAUGAGCAAGAAAAUAGCACAGCUGACAAAGGUUAUCUAUGCACUGAACACGAAAAACGAUGAACACGAAGCAGCCAUCGCCACGCUGAAGGAGGCCCAUGAAGAGGAGGUGCAGCAGAUACUCUCUGAAACCAGGGAGAAGAUCUUACAGUACAAGAGUAAGAUCAGUGAUGAGAUGGACUUGAAGAGGCGGAUCCAGUCGCUGGAGGAGUCCAUGGAGCUCCAUGAGAGGAUGAAGAGACAGGCCUUGGCUGAGUUUGAGAGUUACCGCCAGAGGGUUGAAGACAUGCAGCUCUGCACUGAGGCACAGCACACACAGCGUGUGGUAUCCAUGUCAAGGGAGGUAGAAGAGAUGCGGAGGUCCUUUGAGGAGAAGCUGCGCACAUUCAGCCAGGCCCAGGCCCAGUUUGAGCAGGAGAAGAGGGUUGCUCUGGAGGAGCUGAAGGCCCAACAUAGACAGGAGGUUCAAGAGCUUCUCCGCAGCCAUCAGAGCCAGAAUGCAAACUACAGCAAAGACCAGGAGAAACUGGGGCAGCUUCACAAAGCUGAGGUGGAAUCUCUGACAGAACGGGUAGAGGAGCUCAAACAGGACAAGAAGAGGCUGGUGGAGGAGUAUGAAGCCAAACUCAGCAAGGCUCAGGCUUUCUAUGAGCGCGAACUGGAGGCCAUGAAGAGAACCCAGCAGCUGACCGCCGACAACCUGCUGGCGUGGAAACGCACCGAGGCUGAGCUCCGGCGAGAGUUCCAGACCCAGGAGGCAGCACUCCAGAAAACCCUCGGCAAACUGAGGGCUGAGUUGGCCAGGGUAACGGAUGAAGCCCGGGAAAACCGUGAGAAGUCCCACAAGCUCCAGGCCUCACUCGCCGCAGCUGAGAGUAACAUCAAGGACCUGACCAAGCAGCUGGACGAGGUGACCCAGGACUCUGAGAUCGUGGAGAUUCGUCAGAAGGAAGCCGAGUGUGAACUGGAGGCGGCCAGAGACCGAGUCCAGCAGCAAGCCACUGAAAUCCUGCUCAAAGCCAGUCAGAUAGGCAGCCUGCAGGCCACCCAGAUGACCCAGGAGGCGGCCAUCAGGGACCUGGAGAGCGAGCGCAGCCGGCUGAAAGACAAGGUACUGAGGCUGGAAGAAGAGAGCGGGGCCUUGCAGACCAAGAGCCAGACUGUGGAAGAAAGGCAUAAACAGCAGAUCCACUCCCUGGAGAAGAGCCUGCAGGAGGAGAAGGCAUCCUACGAGAAGGAGAUGAACAACUUGCGGGCCCGAUAUGAAGAGGAGGCUGGCCACAUGAAGGAGAGCCAAGCCCGACUUCUGGAUGAACUGGCCAAGAAACACAGGCUGACACUGGAAAAUGCUCUGAGCAAUGCUGAGAAGGACAAGAACCGCCUGUUGGCCGACCUUGAGCAGCAGUUUGAGAGGGAGCGCUUCACAUUGGAAGAACAGAAGACACUCCUGAAACAGCAAUUGGACGACCUGAGGGAGGAGCUGACCUCCAAACUCAAUGCAGCCAAUGAGGAGACGUGCCGGCUGCAGGAGGAGGUGCGUCAGGGGGAGCAGGGUAUCGGUGCCGCUGAGGGACAAAUCUCAACACUGAAGGAGGCACAGGACAAACUUCUAGAGGAGCUGGAUGCUACCAGAGCCAGACUGAGAGAGACCAGCAACCUACUGACUGCACUGCAGGGAGAGAUGGAGACCCAGAAGCGUCAGCAUGAAGCCAAACUCAUCUCUACCAAAGAGGAGGAGAAACUUAAAAUGGACAAGAUGGCUCUGGAGCUGGAGCUCAAAUGGACCGAAACCCUGAGGCAGGAGUGUAAGAAGCUGCGUGAGGAGCUUAGGGAGGACCAUGAGGAGGACAAGGCCGCGGCGCUGGCUCAGCUGGCCCAGAGCAAGGAGCAGGAACUGGGCAAUGCCAGGGAGAGCUGGCAGAGGAAAGUGGACGACCUGCUAGAACAGAUCUCCCUGCUGAAACAGAGUCUGGAGAUGCAGCUGUCCCAGUCCCAGACGUCGUUGCAACAGCUGCAGCACCAGUUCAGCCAGGAGAGGGAGCACCUGAGGCUGCAGCUGGACGAGCUGCAGACGGAGCACCAGAGGCGACAGCAGCGCCUGCAGGAGGCCCACUGUUGUGCCAUGCAGGACAUGGAGCAUGCCCGGCAGCAUGACCUGAAGGACUUGGAGGAGCGUCUGCGCCACCAGCACCAUGCAGAUUUGCAGUCUCUCAGAGAGGCUCACCGCCAGAGCAUCGAGACGCUCAAACAGCAGUCGGAACAGGAGCUGCAAACACUCCGCUUUGAACUGGAGGACGAGGGCAAAGCCAUGCUGGCCUCUCUGCGAUCAGAGUUGAACCACAUCCACGCGUCAGCCAUCGAGCACCUGAGACAAACCCACCAACAGGAGACAGCUGCUGCCAAGCUGGAGCUGGAGACGGCCCUGGACAACAGCCGGCGACAGGAGCGCGAGUUGUUGGGUCGGAUCUCCGAGCUGCAGGAGGAGGUUUCCAGGAGGAAGAGCCACAUUGCUCAGCUGGACCAUCAGAUCCACACACUCAACGAGAACAUCAGCACCCUGACCAAGGAGCUGGAGCUCAAGGGCAAGGAGGUGCUCAAGAUCCGCAGUGAAGCUAAUCAGCAGAUCAGGGCCCAUGAGCAGGAGCUGACUAAGAAGCAUGAGCGUGAGAUGUCUGAGCUGAGUGCCGUCCACAACAGAGAGACCCAGAAUAUGCUGUCAGACUUCAACAAGGCUCAGGAGGUUCUCAAAGACAAAAUCGCGGCCCUUCAGAUCCUGCUGGAAGGAACAGAGGAGAAGUUCAGGAACAGGGAGAGUCGUCCUGAGGACCUGCAGGUUAUUGCUGAGCUAAAGGACAUGGUGACUGAGAGAGAGGCUCUGGUCAAGAAACUGGUGGAUGAUAAGAAGUUCUACCAGUUGGAACUGGUCAACAGGGAGACCAACUUCAACAAAGUGUUUAAUGCCAGUCCCAACGUAGGAGUCAUUAACCCUCUCAUUAAGCAAAAGAGAAAGAAUGAGAAAACAGCAGCCGGCCGAUUCAGCAGCUCUCCCAACCUCAGGGCUUUGGAGGCAGGAGGCAUGGGCGUGGUGGGCACAGGAAGCGGGCAGCCCUCCCAACUGCCGCAGCCCCCACCCCAGCCCAGCCGUCUAGAGCCCAUCCCCAACUCCCCCCUCCACCACCAUGAGCUCAACUCGAGCAAACCUCUUCCCCCGCCGACCCCUCCCACCGAGCCCAAGAAAUUCAUGAGCCCUCCUGAAACAGAGGACUCCCCCAUCAGCUCCCCGGACCCCCAGCGCCAGGAGUGGUUCGCCCAGUACUUUUCCUUUUGAUUGACCACAAACCUGCAAACACAAGGAUUCAGCAUGUCAACCAAACUGCAAACAAAGAAAAAAAAAAUGAGAAAAAAAAAUAAGAAAAAGUAAAUAAAUAAAUAAAAAAAACUUUGUUAUUUAUUGUCAUUGACAGGUUUGGGGGAUCAAUUCACUUGACGUUCAGUCAACUGAAGCCGCAGUCGAAGCUUUUAAAAUGAGAGCUGAUUCUCCUCGAUCUCUCACAAACGCACAGUGUAAGAAUUUGAUGUCAUUGAUUUUCACUUUCUUAAAAUGGGAUGAUUAUUCACUUCCUACGUUGACUGAAGUGAAACUGAAUUGAAACUUCACCCUGAUCAUCAAACAUCAUCACUCUAAUCUAAUUUUAUCGGUUGAUUAUCUCUGAUUGUUUCACUGUGGAUGAGUUCUUCUCUUAGUACAGUGACAAUGAUCAUCAGUAUGUUUAGUUUUUUUUAUCAUUAUUUUGUUAUUUAUUUUCCAGAUUCUUGAACUUAGAAAAACUGAGUGGUGCGUUAUCAUGCUGCUAAUUACAUUGUUGGAAUACAGUAAGAAAUAUAUAUAUAUAAAUAUAUAUAUAUAUAUAAAGAAAUAUAUAGUAGGUUAUUGUGCUCUUUCUGUACCUGGGCCUGCUUCAUGAGGCAUCGUAGAAUAGUGGGACUGACCUGUGACCCGUUUGUCUCCUGAGUUGUGGGGACAUUUAUAUGGUCAAAUGCCUUGACCCCUGAUCCCAGACCAGCGCUCCUGUGCUCCGGUGCUUCAUGAACACACGCUCUCAUUUUAGGAUGGCACCAUCAUGACAAGUUUGGUACAGCUGCAUAGAAAUUUCAGCAGAUUUUGGUAGAAUAUUAAAACCUGUUUGUAUGGUCGUCUGUCUCAACACAGAUAUAAUGAUGUCUCACCAAUUUUAAAAACAAAAAUAGCAUAUUUUAUAUUUAUAUUAUAAUGUGUAUGCUUAACUAAUAAAUAAUUAUUGUGACAUUUA